CAUCACAAGUUGAGCAGCUCCCAGUUGCAAAAGCAGACUGACGAUCCAGCUGCUGUGCGUGCGAGCGUGUGCGCCGACAUGGAUACAGUUGGCUUUUACUGUUGAAACUGGACACAUUACAGUGGCACGGUGACAGUGGAGGACUUCAAAGAGCGGUAAAACUUCUUCCACGGCCGCACUCAUGUGAUUUCCCCUUGUUUGAGCCAUGUCCAAGAGCCUGAGGAAGAGGAAGAACCACUGGACUAACAAAGUCCAUGAGAGUGUCCUUUGCAGAAAUGAGGAGGGGGAGCUGGGGCUGGAGUUGAAGGGCGGCGCAGAGAAUGGACUGUUCCCGGUUAUCGGCGAGCUUCUCCCGGGCAGAGCCGUCUGCCAAAGCGGCAAACUCUGCCAGGAUGAACUCCUCCUGGAAGUCAAUGAUACCCCAGUGGCUGGACUCACCACCAGGGACGUCCAUGCAGUGGUUAAACACAGCAAAGACCCCGUCCGAGUCAAGUGUGUUAAACAAGGGGGCGUGAUAGACAAGGACCUGCGCCACUACCUCAACCUGCGCUUUCAGAAAGGCUCGGUGGACCACGAGCUGCAGCAGAUCAUCCGGGACAACCUCUACCUCCGCACCGUCCCCUGCACAACCAGGCAGCCCAAGGAAGGAGAGGUCCCAGGGGUGGAUUAUAAUUUUGUGACCAUUGAUCGGUUUAUGGAAUUGGAGAAAAGUGGAGCCCUGCUAGAGAGCGGAACAUAUGAAGAUAACUUUUACGGCACCCCGAAGCCUCCGGCCGAGCCCAGCACUCUGCUGCUAAAUGUAACGGACCAGCUGCUGCCGGGCGCCAGACCCACCUCCGAGGGCAAGAGGAAGCGUAACAAGUCGGUCAGCAACAUGGAAAAAGCCAGCAUCGAGCCCCCUGAGGAGGAGGAGGAGGAGAGACCUGUUGUCAAUGGCAACGGUGUAGCUGUCACCCCAGAGUCGAGCGAACAUGGGGACAAGAGUACAGACGCUUCGGGGGACAUUGCCCCGCAGGGUACCCUGGCGGAGGCCCCACCUGAGGCGCCUAAAGACGACGGACAGUCCCCAAAAAUGACACUACCCAAACCAGAUGAGAACGACGAGCUAGGGCCCCUGCCAGACAACUGGGAGAUGGCAUACACCGAGAAAGGAGAAGUCUACUUCAUAGACCACAAUACCAAGACAACAUCGUGGCUGGACCCGAGGCUAGCCAAGAAGGCAAAGCCGCCCGAGGAAUGCAAAGAGGAUGAGCUUCCGUACGGCUGGGAGAAAAUCGAUGACCCCAUUUACGGCAGCUACUAUGUUGACCAUAUAAAUAGAAGGACUCAGUUUGAGAACCCAGUCCUGGAGGCUAAAAGGAGACUCCAGCAGCAGCAGCAGAUGCAAAGCCAGGGUCUGUCCUCACUGCCCCUUCCCACCAUCUACAGAGUGGAGGAUGCCAGCCCCUGUGCCCCCCUCCCCAGAUCCCCCCUCGUUCAGGUCGGCUCGGGGCCCGUGCGCUGCCACAGCCUCAGCGACCUCUCCCGCUCGCCAACUCUGGGUCGCAGAGCUGCUGCUACUUCCUCGUCCGCCGACGUCUCCCCGCUCCGGCGUGUCCUGACCCGGCGGAUGAAUACGUGCCCCCACCAGCAGCAGCGGCAGCCACUUCACACCUCCGCCUGCACUGUGGUGCUAGAGCAGCCUGUCUGUAGCCCCUUCUCCCUGUGGCACUUUGUCAAGAAGCCACUGUUCACCCGGGACCCCACUCAGUUGAAAGGCAGUUUCCUGUCCACAUCACUCCAAAAGAGCAACAUGGGCUUUGGCUUCACUAUUAUUGGAGGCGAUGAGCCUGACGAAUUCCUCCAGGUCAAGAGUGUUAUCCCUGACGGGCCUGCCGCAGCUGAUGGAAAGAUGGCCACAGGUGAUGUCAUUGUCUACAUCAACGAUGUGUGCGUCCUGGGCACCACCCACGCCGAUGUGGUCAAACUCUUCCAGUCUGUGCCAAUUGGCCAAAGCGUCACCCUUGUCUUGUGCCGUGGAUACCCUUUGCCCUACGACCCAGAGGAAGUUGCCAACACCAAUCACAACACCACCAUUAUCUCCCCGCUGGGCAUCAUGGAGCAGCGGCCCAUCAUGGUGAACGGCAGGACGGGCUACGACAACUACCUGGACUAUCUCUCCCGCACGGCACGGUUCGUCACAGACCCCGGUCAGGACCAGGUCCAUGCCCAGCAGCAGCUGCUCACCCCUCACCCAGGUGACACCCACUUGGACGGCUCGCUUCCUCCCACCACUGGCACCACACCUCCUGACAGCGUCUCCAUGGCGUCAUCGGGGGCGACCCAGGGCGAACUACUGACGCUGACCAUGGUGAAGGGCCUGGAAGGUUUUGGCUUCACUAUCGCUGACAGCGCUACAGGCCAGCGAGUCAAACAAGUGCUAGAGCCUCUGGGCUGCCCGGGUCUGUUUGAGGGUGACCUGAUUGUGGAGAUUAAUAAGCAAAACGUGCAGGGAUUCGGACACACCCAGGUGGUGGAGCUUCUCAAGGAGUGUGCCGUGGGAGCCGAGACCAGCCUAGUGGUUCAGAGAGGUGGAACAGGUCACUAUUCACCCUGGAAGACCCCUAAGCAGGUGCUGGAGCAGUGGGAGUCCCAGCAGGGCCAGGGCAGCCCUGCUCAGACCAGCCUGUCAGCCCCUGUUAUUCCCCACAACACCCCCUUCCCAACACACCAUCUCCACAGGGCCUCUGUCCCAGACUCAGCCUCCGAGGCCUUGGCCCUGGCUAAACCAGACCCUUAUGACCUUUAUGAGAAGUCCAGGGCUAUCUAUGAGAGUAGGCAACCUGGCCAAACAAGGGCAGUUUUUCCUGUGGACUCCUCAGGAGCAGAGUAUCAAGACAUAGAGGUGCAUCUGCGCAGGCAGAAGUCCGGCUUCGGUUUCCGGGUGCUGGGCGGGGAUGAGGCAGGGCAGCCUGUGAGUCCGGAGACGUGUGAGAAGAUCUUGAUCGGGGCGAUCAUCGAGAAGAGUCCGGCAGACCUUGACGGGCGCUUGCGGCCCGGUGAUGAGCUGCUGUUUGUGGACGGGAUCCCGGUUGUGGGGAAGCCGCACAGAUACGUCAUUGACUUGAUGCACGGGGCGGCCCGAAACGGCCAAGUGAAUCUGGUCAUCAGGAGGAGGGUGCAGGCAGCAGGUGAGUCCUUCCCUGAGAACGGUCGUAGCCCGGGCUCUGUCUCCACGCAGCACAGCUCCCCACACAGUGACUUCACCUAUGGCAACAGCACCAGCACUACCCAGGCACCCAACGCCAACAUGGGCAACCCAGCCGCCGCUUCAGACAGGACGUCGACCCCCAACACACAACCCAGUGAUGUCAUCAUCAAUCGAAAGGAGAGCGAAGGCUUUGGCUUUGUCAUCAUCAGCUCGCUCAACAGGCCCGAGGCGGCCGCCACCAACACUGUGCCGCAUAAAAUUGGCCGCAUCAUCGAGGGCAGCCCGGCCGACCGCUGCGGGAAGCUGAAGGUGGGAGACAGGAUACUGGCAGUGAACAGCCAGUCCAUCGUCAACAUGCCGCACGCCGACAUCGUUAAGCUGAUCAAGGAUGCGGGCCUCAGCGUCACCCUGAAGAUCAUACCCCAGGAGGAGAGCAGCAAUCCCCCAUCAGCCCCUAGCUCUGAGAAACAGAGCCCCAUGGCCCAGCAGCACAGCCCGAAGACCCAGCCAAGCACCACUGCCUCACUGCCCAACACAGCAGUCACAGAGCCCGACCCUUUGGUUAACCAGCCCAAUCUCAUGCCUCACCAGAGCCCUGUAACCCAGCUCCCCACCCCUCCUCCUCAGACCUACACCCACGAGAGCAGUUACAGGUCAGAGGUGAAAGCAAGGCAAGAUGUUAAACCAGACAUCAGACAGCCGCCAUUCACAGAUUACCGGCAGCCGCCGGUGGACUACCGGCACCCUCCUGUGGCAGACUACAGGCAGCCACCCACGUUGGACUACAGACACCCGCCACUGCUCGACUACAGACAGCUAGCUACUGACACCAGGCAGUUCACCAUCCCGGACUACCGAAUGCCACCAGUUCAACUUUCACAGGACUUUGACUUUUUCACGGUGGAGUUGGAGAAAAGUGUGAAAGGCUUCGGUUUUAGCAUCCGUGGAGGGCGGGAGUACAAGAUGGACCUGUUUGUCCUCCGCCUGGCAGAGGACGGACCGGCCAUCCGCAACGGGAGGAUGAGGGUUGGGGACCAAAUAAUUGAGAUCAAUGGAGAGAGCACCCGGGACAUGACCCACGCCAGGGCCAUCGAGCUGAUCAAGUCUGGAGGCAGACGCGUCCGUCUCCUCCUAAAGAGGGGUACGGGGCAGGUCCCAGAGUACGAUAAUGCCACCCCAUGGGAUGCCUACCCUUCAGCCUCCCCAAGCCUGUCGGAAAUAGCCCCUCCCAUCGACAGCCUUUCCAUGUCACCGCCUUCAUCUCAUCUGGCCCCGGCCCCUGACCCACCUCAUCUGCCGCCUCUGGAUGUCCCUCUAGACCUGGUGGCACGAGACAGCUGGAGGGAGCGUUCGAAGAGCCCCCAGAAGGCAGAGCUGCUAAAUCCAGAUCUGAUCAGCCAGGGGAGAAGAGCGGCUACAACCGGCGGGAGCGGCAGAGUCAAGAAGGAGGGUGGCAGGUCCACCCACAAGGGGCACAGGGUUCAGCCCACUACUGAGGGGGAAGUGGGCAAGGAGUGGCAGAGCGGGGAGCUCAAACCUUCCAGGAGCACCAGAGGGAGGUCCAAGGAGAGAUUUACUGAGGACAACAGAGAAUGCACCGAAUCUCCCAGCAGCUCCAAGCUCCCGCACACUAACGGGAACAGCAGGGAAGAUGUGGAACGUUACAGUGGAGGGCAGCAGGUGGAGUCGGAGCAGAGCAGACCCAGGCCCAGGGAAGUGGACAGGGGCCUGGGAGAGAGCCGGCCCAGCCUUCCCAACAAGAGCACCAGCAGCGGCAGCGCAGCAGGGAGGAAGGCUACGGUCUCUCCUGGGCCUUGGAAGAUUCCUGGAUCAGACAAGCUGGCCAGCACACUGCACACAGGCCCGUCCACGCUGAGCAGAUAACACCGCGGCUCCAGCAGAAGACAGUGGUCAGACUCAGCUAAACUAAACCACUGCAUGUGGACAAAACCACCAUCCUCACACCUUCCUGUGCACCUUUAUCCCCCCCCCCUCCAUCCCGUUCAACCAUAGACCACAAGGUCCAAAGCCAAGGGGGGGCAUGGUGAUCUGGACCACGUGUUUUUAGAGUUUUAUUUAUGAUAUUGUACUCUAAAUUAUUUUGAGAAAUAUUUUACACCCACCACCUUAAGAACUGGAAAAUCAUCCACUUUAAAAAAGAAAAGAAAAAAAAGAAUGGAAGAUCAAGGAGAAUGUGUGUUUAGCAUGGAGGGGAAUCAUUUAGGCGGAAAAAAACUUUAAAGAACUCUAUUUUGAGUUCUCCUCAAGCAGAACUGGGGGACAAACAUGCAAAUAUAGAACACUGACCAUUGUGAUAGGAUUUUUGAUACACCGUAUAUAUAUAUACAUAUAUAUAUAUAUAUAUAUAUAUAUAUAUAUAUAUAUAUAUAUAUGUAUAUAUAUAUAUAAAUGUGUAUAUAUAUCCUCACAAUUAAGUCUGUUUUAUGAAAUGGAAUGUUAAAAAGAAAGUUUGCCUGUUUUUGAUGAGAGCGAAUGGAACAAAGAGUGACAGCAGAGAUGAAAUCUACUCAUCAAGAGAACUUUGCCUUAACAGAGACUGUAUGGGCCUGAAUCUAUCUUGAAUCUAUCAGAUGAUUAUAGACAUAUAUAUUAUAAUGAAGAUGAAUAUGUGGGAUCAUUUUGUAAAUAAGAUCAUCUUUAAGAGAACAAUACCUUAGUUGAGCAUGAUGGAAAUUCUAGUCCAUGCGUGACAUGGAGCAGAAUUUUCCCCACACCAACUUCUCCCUCUUCUACACUCCCGUUGAGCCCUGUGAUUACAGUUUGGGCUUUCGGCAGGCCUGCUGCGGUUGUUUUCACCAUCAAUUUGCGCUUGAAUCAUCCCGAGUUGAGCAGGGGUCAAUCCAUUUUUUUUCAUUUUGCUGUGCUUAACGAACAAAGCAAUCCGCGGCAGUGGCGUCCAUCCGGACGGUAAAAGGAGGAGCUCGCGUGAUAUUGACCGAGGGGCAGAGUGCCUUAGACUGACAGAGAGGUUGGCUUUUAAGUCCUGGUUCAACUCCAAACCGCUUUAGAGGGUUCAAAACAGGCUGCUAUACAACAUCAACUUCACAGAUAUAAAUAAUAAACUGUAUUUUUCCAGCUACGAGUGGGAUAAAGUGAAAUAUAUCAUUUAUUUCACAGGCAUAUGUAUGAAGUAAGUCCAGAGGUAUUGACGAUCUUUAUUUGUGCAAGUGGUUGAUUUUGGGUCAUGAUAGUUUUCAUUACGUCUGACACUAGUCAUUUCCAUGAAGAACUUCUCAUCUGAGAUGGUGUCAGCACAGAGCAGAGCUUUGCACCCAUAACAAAAAAUCUGAUAUUAAGUUGUCAAGAAGUCAAUCCCACUUGUCAAAAGCUUGCACGACUAACAAACUGUGACUUGAACGAAUGAAUGCCCUCAAUUUGAAAAUGAAGCAUUUCCAGAUUGGCUGAGAAGAGGUUGCACCUGUCACCGCAACUGUCAGCGGCUGAACUUGAUUUGUUUUAGGUGAAUCUGCCAACACUGUGUGAUAUUAACAAGUCCAUCUCCAUGCCAAACUCCCUGUAGAUUAGAUACAUUUUCAGGAUACCUGCCCCAGAAUUGCAACCAGUUUGAAGGCUUUGUGCUACAGCAUAAAUGUACAGGUGUACUUUUAUGCAACUUGACAAUUGACCUUUCCUAAAGCGUGCCCCCCUUAGUUGCUGUUGCUAUGCCUGUCAAGAUUUCUGGCACGAACCAUGUGCGGUUUACAAUGAUAACGGUGGCAAAAUUUACAACUCAGAAAUCUUUGUAAUUUUUUGAAAAAAAUGGGUCCUUGUUUUCAGAAAGAAACUGAUGAUUUUGGCAUCUGAAAGGACAACUGUCUGUGGCAGAAUGUAUCAGCUGUAGCUAGCAAGCUAAUUAAGCUAAUGUUUAGCUCCAUGUUGGCUGGGAACUGAAGAAUCUUUCAACAAAAAAAGGAUCCUCAAUAUCUACUUGAUGGCUACUUUUAUGAUAUUGUGCUGAAAGAGGGUAAAGCUCAUGGAUGUAUUAUAUUAACGGUAAUUCUACAUGUCCCAGCCAAGACGUUGGCGUCCUCACCAGUUGAUGAUCAUUUAGUCUGCAUCAACAGAAGUAUGUUUGCAGGAUAAAGGCUGACGCGUGAGCAGGAUGUCAGGAUGUCAGGAUGUCAGCACGCAAUAAGGCAAGCCUGCUUGGAUGUUGGUUCUGAACAGUAAACUUCAUUUAAUAUUUUAUGUGGCGUUUUCUUUUGCGGGGUUCAAAUGUUUCACCGAAACAAGUUCCUUCCCAAGACUUUUUUUCAGAGCCCCCAUCGCUGCGUGCGGAGUAUAGCACCACCCGAGACGUUUGUGAUUGGUUUAAAGCAAUGCAAACAACUCAGAGCGUUUCCACAGGAUGUACUGCAUCUGUGUUGUAGCAGCAAGACCUUACUCCACAACGCUGUGGAGAAAGGUCUGGCAACGCGUUCCAAUGAUCAUAUAGCGGACAUGCAAUGUUCUGUUAUUGCAGGGUGGGGAGCUAAUUAGUAUUUUAGUACUUAAAGAAUUUAAGAUCAUUCUCACAUAACACGGUUUGGCUGUUUUGUAUAAAACAGUAUGUUUUUACUUUUAAUGUUAUAAGAGGAAAGUCUUUUAGGAUGAGGACUUACUGAUGAAUUUGGCAAAUGCUCUCUUAGGUAAUGUACGCUGGAGUUGCUAGAACAUCAGUCCCAUAAAGAGCUGCUAACUAGCUAGUGAACAAGCAGGACGCGCUAACGGUUGCAGCUCCAAUUAAAGCAGACACUGUUCAGUCCUUUUCUUAAACUUUAGCUCCUGUGAUUAGGGUUGUGGAAAUGAAGAAUAUGCUGAUAAUUACUUAUGCACACUGCUUCAAAAUGUGGAGUAAUCCAAAGUUUAACGGGCCUGCAGUGCAUAGUUACAGUUGCUAAUUUGUCAUUGAACACUUGAUGUUCGGGGCAGGGUUUUACGCAAACUCUAAAUUUUAAGAUCAACAAAUCUUUUCAGCAUCUGUACCCUCUCUGCAGGUGUGACAACUCUGAGCGGCAGUUUUUCCUCUGCAGGAGCUAACAACAGAAAGAAUAAUCCCAGAACAAAAGUGUCAGGGAAGAGCACAAGGAGAAAAAUCAUUAUGUUUGUCAUUGUAAUUUCCAAUUACACAAGGAAUAAUCUGCUGAUUUAAAAGCAUUUUCAGGACCUUCAAUCGCUUGUAGAUCAUUAUAAUAAGAAAAGGGCCCAAAACUAAAUUUAACAUUUGGUAAACUAAAGUUUACAAAUGCUUCCUACAUACUGCAACAUCAAUCAUGCAUCAGUUGACUAGAGUAGUGCUUCUUUUUUCAGUUUGACACAAAAACAAAAACUGUGCGUAUUGUUGCUCAACAUUUGCACAACUCACUACUUUCCACAUCUGAGCUGUCUCCAUUGAGUCAAAUUGUAAGUAGUUUGCUAUGGAAAGCAAAAACAAACAAAAAAAACAUCUAAGGGUGUAAAAAAAAAUGUGUAAAAUGUGCGUGUUAAAAUAACAGCACGGGCUACACCAUAAACUCCCACCCAAGCGGCUCAGUAUCACUGUGUAGUGUUAUAGCAGUGUAUAGACCCUGAACAAAUAUCUCUAUAAAUAUGAAUCUGUGUACUAUUGAUGGUCACAAAGACUAAGUGGUGCAACUAUUUUUAUGAAAUGCAACACUAUGGAUAUAUAAACUUUUGCAAAAAUCUUGUUUACCUGUAUGAUAUUCUGAAACGCUGUCAAAAUAAAAGAAAUACUUGACACAACAU